UCGCACGAUCGCACCACGGCAACACGGAGGGACGCACACCGUACUUCGGGCCCUACACCUUCUCCGCCUGCGUGUUUGUCCCGAGCAGCAGCGCAACCAUGACAACGCUCCGAGAACGGCACGGCCAGUUCCGCUGACCGACCCGACGAUCCGCGUCGACCAAAGCCCGUCGGCACCGCCACUCGUGCAACCCGCGAGGCCGUGAGCGGCGGGUCGAGAUGGCAUCGAGCUCCCUGAGCCAGGAGGACGUGGACCACGAGCUGGAGGUGCAGAGUUCACGGCGCACACGGAUCCGCACGGCCCGGGCCAACGCGGUGGCACGCGGCGCGCUGGCGAUGCGCGAGUGCUCGGCCGGCGACUGCGACUCCGGGGCCGCGCUGGGGGCCUGCCCCGAGGGGUCCCAGGCGGCACCGGAGCAGCACGACGCCUCCCCGAAGCCCUGCGCGAGGGCCAAGGACAAGCGCUGCCCGCCGCGGCCCAACCACCCCAACAAGUGCAAGGCGCAGCGGGAGCGACGCAAGCUGCGCGAGAAGCGCCGCAGCACGGGCGUCGUGCAUCUCCAGUCCACCGAGAGCACUGGAGGCAGCACGGGUGAGGAGGAAGAGGAGCUGCUGAGCAUGUCGGCCGAAACACGGCGCAACACAGCCCUCAACGAGGUGCCCCACGAGUCUGGCUUCGCUGGCCCGACAGAUGGGCAGGCGCCACAAGAGGUCAAGAACACAACCAAGCCCUACCCAACGAGAAACAACAAAAGUCCGUCGGACCUGGACGCGGACGACGAGGACAACCAGGACUAUGACAGCGCGGUGAACCAGUCCGACUCUGCCCUGAGCCUGGCGCAGGACAGCAACCACAGCAGCGGCCCCACGUCCAGCAGCACGGGCGGUGCCCAGCUGCCCCCCAAGCCGCAGGGGGUUCUCUCCAACGGCACCUGGGAGGCCAUGCAGAGGAAGGACGAGGCACUGGAACGUUCGCGUGAGGAGUCCCGCAACCUUGUGCAGUUGGUCAGGGAGAAGGAGGUGCGCAUCCACAACCUGGAGAGGAAGGUGCUGGCUCUGACUAAGGAGCUGAGCGAGGUGACGGCGGAGAACAGGGAGCUGCGGGAGAUGAACAGCGCCCUGCUGGACGGAGUGCCGCUCUCCACCGGGCCGGCCGCAAAGUAGAGUCCUCGCACGGCCUUCGCCCUCCUCCCGCCCGAGCGGGAGAGCAGACGCCGGCGGGGCUCGUCUUCCGCUUCCGCUCCAAGGCACUCAAAGUCGCUCCCAGACCCGUCCCCGCGUCGCUCUCGAAACAAGGGCGACGGGAGGCAAAUCUAUUUUUAGAGCCAUUUCUCUGGGCUUCUCUCGAAGUGGACGGUGCCAGGAACGCGUCUUCGAACGGCUUCCUGGGCGUCGCAUCCCGCCUGGGGCCACGAAAUGAUCUGCUUUCGGGGCGUCGGCACUCUCCAUUUUCUGGCAGGUUCCACCACUUUGAUGCUCGUUGUCUGUCGGAGGUUGGGGAGAGCGGGACAAGCUCCUUUCACAAAGUUCUCUGCUCUUUCUGCUUCGGUAGAGGGAAUGCUGGAGAGCAGGGAACCACCAAUCGUAGAGAGCUUUGUGGACUCGUUUUGCCUUUCUUAACCCGCCACAAACCAUAGUGCCGAGAGAGAGCAACGGUCGAUUGUUUAGGUUAAGACAUUCGGCUUUCCCAGCCUUUCAUAUGGUGUCGGGCAGUUAGGGCAACUUUGUUUUACUUCGUCGCGGGCUGUUUUAACGUUUCUGGAGGACGCAGAACUGUUUCCUGCGAUUUCAGUUGACCAACGGCAACGACUUGCAAUGCCAAGAUGGCCGAGUGCCGUCACCCGAGGCGUAGCUCAUUUUGUGGCGUCCGGGCACUGUGCUGAGGGAAGGAAAUGCCCAAUUGCUUUUGAAAAGUUGAAACAAUACUCCUAAGUACCAAAGAGGAAGCUGGCUUGGCUUUUGGAUCAAACCCUCCCAUUCUGUUAAAGCUCGGAAAACACCCCGUCUUUUUUUUUUUUUUACGCCACAACGGGCGACGCGUUGCAAAAAUUGCUGCGGUUGUAUUUGAUUUGACGGGUGGCAUUCGCCAACGGCCAUAGUUGCGCGCACAGAUUGCGACCCAUCCUCGGAACAAGCCCCUUCUUGUCGACCCGAGAGAACAAAACUUAUUGUCGGCACCCCUCCUUUUUGGGGAAGUUGAUCGUGGCACCUGGUGAAUACCAAUUACGGGGCAAUUCGGCAUGGCCUACUUCUGGCUCGAAACCGCGCCGGGAUCCGUGUCGGAAAGCUUUACCCCUUUCGUUUUUACUUCGAUGGACCAUGGUUGACGGAGUAGUUGGUGACACCGAGAAGUCGACCUGUCUGCAGCCAAGCUGGCCCCGGUAGAUGCCGCUGAGGCAACUCCAAAUGAGAAACGGACAAAGUAAGCUUAGGUUUACGUGGCCCCAAUAUCUUUUCGGUCUUACUCGCCAAGUUUUGCCAUGGACGGAGCCACUCGUCGUGCUUCUUGGUUUCAUCAACACCGAAAGCGACGCCAGGAACCAAUCGUCUCUGCGUAAACAAACGGGGAAAAUGGUGGAUGCUGUAACGAGCACGGCUGGCCUACCGAAAGUGAAACUGCAUCUCACGAAAUUUGUGCAGCGCUGUCGUACCAUUUUGAUCAACUGCCUUUGCACUCUUUGAUGCACUGUAUCCCUCAGAUUUACGAGAUUAAGGGGAUGGGGAAGACUAUGAUGGAAGUUUGUUUUCUGCACGAGCCUCGAGAUGGCACUUGCAAACUCCCCAUCAUAAUUCUAGUUCCAUCACAACUGACGUAGGCAUCACUGCCGUCAAAUUUUAACCGGCGUACGCUCCGGGCAUUGUGCGCGCGAGUGCAUACCUAUAUCUUGAGUAUCUUCUUUUUUUUUUUUUUUGCCGACCUUGGAUCGCAGAUUCCGCUUCGAAGAAGCCUCGAGACGUAGAGCUAGGCACAAAGCGAACUCUUAUUGUUUUAUCCUCGGAACGUUGCGUUUAAACCUCCAAGCCGCCUCCUUAGCGAGAUCUAACUUCGCACGAGGUCAGGUUCCCGUUUCUUGGUUGUUAGAAGCCUCUCGCAUCUGUGAGGGGAACGCAUUGUUUAGCAACUCCGGUGCUAGGGUGGGAUCGCCGCUGAAUAAGCUGCAUUCGGAGUAUUGGCACUCCCUAAUCUCGCAGGCAGUGCAUUUUCUGGGCUCGGUACGGAGCAACCGCAAUCAGUAGCGAUCGUUAACGAUUUUAAGGUGUGACUUCCCCGGCUUUAGAUAUUGCGUCGUUCUGCUCUUUCGCGGACUGUUCUAACAUUUCUGGAGGAUGAAACGGCGUUUCCUUCGAUUUUGCACGGAGCUUCGGACAGCAGCUAGCAAUGAUUUUGAGCAUUGAGAUGGCUCGAGCAUUGUUGCUUUCGAGCGCAACUCGCCCGGUGGCAGUAGCCAUACCCAUUCACGCCCGUUUUGAGCUGGCCGUGUACUCGCGGAUCGGUUCCGUUUGUUUGCAGGGUGUUUUCCGAGAGCCCUUUCCGCCAGCAGCUGUAGUUGUUUCUGUGCCUUGUUUGGCAGCGUGCACGGCACGUGCCACGAGAGUGGUGUCGGGGCUGCUGCAUUGUACUCCGACUAAUAACAGACAGUUGGGUUGGAACAUGUACAGAGCUGUAUGUGCUCGUUGACUACAGUCCUUUCUUUGUUUCCUGCUGCAUGCCCUGCACUCUGAGCUUGCACGUCGAGGCUUGACGCCAGUGUGUACGGCGUCCUGUGCCACGACUCGCAACUUUUAUUUUUUCGUUGGCGUGGUUUCUGAGCUCCUAUUUUGGUGUCGGUGCCAAAGGUUCCUUCGCAGAACGUGCACAAUUCCUGCCUAGAUUUAUUUCGGGUUUCCGCGAUCACGUUUCUACACCCCUGUGCAAAUCUUCCAGCGUUUUGGGUCGUUGGAUGACGUGAAAUUUGCUCGGGGCUUGUUCCUGUAAUGCCGUUGAGAAUGUUUUCAACUUUAGGAAUGCAGCAGGUUGUGAAUUUUUGGCCGCUAAUAGAGUUGAACCUCGAUCUAACAAAGUCACCGGGACCUGCUAAUUAUUUCAUUAAAUUGGAAACUUCGUAAAAUCCAGAAAGAAAUACGUUGGGCAUAGGCUGUGCGGGGGACCCGAAUUUGUUCGUUAAAUCAAGAAAUUUGUAAAAUCGAAUUUCGUUAAAUCGAGGUUCAACUGUAUUUGAGAACGUUGCAAAGGCAGCGACGUGCUGCCACUGUUUGCUGCAGCAACUACCCUAGUCCAAACAACACUUCCGAAUGAUCCGAAACAAUUUCUGCGUGCCUGGAAAAGAACUACAAGGCGUUGGUAGAGAAGUAAUUGCAGCUAUAGUCACAAACAGUUUUGACGAGGCAGGCCAGUUAUGUCGACAUAAUUACCACAUUGUGAUGUUAGUUUUCUUUGUUGCAACUACCUGACCAAAAGUGGUUUCCUUUUUUUUUUCCCCAUCGAAGAUUCCAUACUUGGGUGAUUACUAACAGGUUCGCAGAUCAAUUUAAAAUUUAAAAUUCUUUAAAAGAAUUUUUGUUUUUAAUUGUUUUUCUAUUAUAUUUGAAUUCUGUUGGUUACCUAUCGGAAAAUGCAAUGUUGCCGAGCAGUUUUCCUGCAGAAAAUAUUCUAAUCCUGACCCCUGCAAGCAUGAUCGCUCACCGUAGAAAGGAAUGUGCACAGUGUACGUUGCAAAAUCAACUACUUCAUAGUUGCUGUUAAUUUUGCAAUUUAUUAAUUUUUCAAUUUGCGAAAUUCCCUCGGCAAGCCUCGACGAGGCUCUGGCCAAAUGCAAAAGUUAACGCAGUGUUUGGUUGAGAGGCCCAUUUAAAGGACAAAACAUGCGUUGACAUACAACGUUGAAGUUACAUAUAGCUCCGCUUUGUGUGUCAGCCCGUCGUAGACUGCUGAAGUGAAUAGAAAAAAUAAUGCUGGGUACCUAUACAGGAAUAUAAGAAACAUGAAGCAUAGGUGUUGCCAGGCUACAGAAAUGCAGCCUCGUGCAAAGGGUUAAGAAUGAACUGACUAUUGCUCUUUUCUCUCAUAUUUGUCACUUUUAUUUUUUUUACUACUAACUUACGGCUGUAGUUAAUUUGCAACGUGAGCUUUGUUUUUGUCUCAAUCGCUUUUAAAGAGAUGCGCUCAACGGGAUGUGAUCUACGGAUUUCCGUCUUCCUAUCACGUAAUGCAUUGGAACAUUGGGUGCAAUUGGAAUGCCUCUGAGCUUUUCGAUAACCAGGAAGAAUGCGCAAAACUAGAAAGUCUACAGUUGAGUACCGCAGCUGAUCGUCUCCUUUAGCUUAAUUAUUGAGCUUAGCCCCAUGAGAUGGGAGGAUGAGGGAUGACACACAAGUAUCAAAAGCAGCUUUAACUCUUGCGAAUCUGAUAGUUUAUUUCGGUCAAGAACCAUUUUGUAUGCCGGGGCAUUGUGCCUGGUAUACACUGUUCUGUUGCCACUGUCUUUUACUACACAACUAUGUUUCUCUCCACAUCACUACUUCAUAAACUAGACACACAGUGAUGUGUGACCAUUGUUUUUUUUUUUCUUGCGACCAUGCACCCAGAAAGAAAUUUGAUGGGCCACCUUUUUCUUCACUGUCAUACCUUUUGCUAGUCACACUAACAUAAGUGCAGCUUACCACUUGGCAUAGUGUCCAAGCUUUUACAGUUCUAUCGAGUUUUUAACCCUAUACUACAUUUGCUUUUAUCUGCUUGGCUAAUUAUUUUAAAGGGCAACACGUUUAGGCCAAAGGCCUGAACUUCGGGGUGCGCGACACUGUGUCAGAAUGGGAUUUCAUGUCACAGGGAGACCACGAUUUUAAAGUGGCAGCUCACAAUUCCUAGGAAUUAAUGUGCAACUUAGCUAGUGCUGCCACAGUUAGGUUUAAUUUUAUUAUUUUUAGAGUACCCCUGGAUGGAAAUUACCUUACGGGAAAUGAUUAAAUGUACGAUGCAACUCGCGUGUGCUGAAUGUCAUUCAACAUGGGAUGGUCGUGAACUAGCCUUGUAUGCAAAGGCAUACGAAAUUGGUUUGCUAAUGAAGGCUAAUGCAAAGGAGGGGCUCAAGGACAAUGCAAGCUGCUAAACGGCAUCCUGACACUCAGAACAUCCUUAAAUGUGCAAAGUAGUCCCAACAUUCGUUUUUAAGCGAGUGGAAGUGUGCUUGUAACGCUUCCGAUGAUUAUACUGACUGAACAAUCAGGUCUGGCUUUACGUCUAGUGCAGCGGUGCACACAGUGCAUGUGACAUUGAGGUAGUCAAGAAGUGCAUUCUGUGAACUUGUAGUCAGAUCUUAAGUGCCCACUCAGAACACCAAUAUAACCUGAUUGUAGCCAGGUACGACUAUAAUUAUGUAUUUGGAAAUUUUUUUGGAGUAUUAUUAGUGCUUAUUUCGAUGUUUAUACGAUGCAGUUGCAUGUGAUAAGUAGAACCCCACUGUGUAUUUUCAAUGUACGCAAAUUGUAGCAGACAAAAGAUGCAGUGGCAGGAGUUCCUCCUGCCACUUGACAUUUUGGUCACGUGUGUUCUAUCGAGAACAACUACAAAACAGUAAAGAUAUGAGAACUGGCUAAAGCGAUGCAGUUGGAUCGAAUAAACUGUUUCAUAGGAUGCCCGCAAAAGUCGCAGCUAUAUUCUUAAUAAACAAGCUCAAUAGUCUGUAAGUUUGUUCGAACUGUCACUUACAUUGGGUCCAAAUCUGAGCCUAGAAAUGCUGCAUUCAAGUUAUAACAAAGUGUUCACUUCAGCCCUAGGGAGUGAUAACAGAUGGUUCUUGCACGGAGUAAUUCGGUGAUCUUAAAAAUGACACCAGCUACCGCAUUCCGACUUUACCUCUUUAACAAACCCUAGCGUUCUUAGUUUCCAUAUAUGUAUUUCAAAACAGAAGUGACCGGAAUAUGAAGAGGCAGGCAGCACCACUGUUGCAUUGUUUGUCUACUUCAAGGAGCGUGCACAACAGUAGCGUAGCCAGGGAUCUUUUUUUUUUGGGGGGGGGGGGGGGGAGGGGGGGGGAAGUUGAGGUUUUAUAAGCUUCCCCCCCCCCCCCCCCCCGUUCCUGGCUACAUCACUGGUGCAUAGAGAAUGCAUGGUUGGGAUUCUGUAUAUAGCAGAGUGGUGGCAUUAGUGUAGCAAUCAGAAGUUGCACUCAAACCACAGCUCGCUGCAGCCGCCUUCCCAUUUGUCCCUUGAGACGGGCGGGAGCAGAAGAUAUGUCGCUUUUUGCUGCUUCUAGGAAAUUGUAGCUUCUCGAGUUUUUUUUUGUGCUUUAUUUAUAAAUCUGAAGCCUAUGCUCAAGAUUUGAGGUGUUUUACACCUGUGCUAAGGACCCUCACUAAACAUUGAAAAACGGCGCCUAAUCAACUCAGAAACACCGUUAAAGUUGGCUUCCUCCGUAUAAAGCGAACGUCAAAUCAAUUUCGAGUGCGAACACGCCAUUGCAUAUUGCAGUCAAAAGUUGUGUUUUUGUCAGUGGAACCGCGUGCCGCUAGCAGGAACCAAGUAAACUUGCAACAUACAUACUUUCAUUCCCAUGUCUCAAUCGAGAUCGCCACUAUGCUCAACAUUGCGCACUUUUACGAUCGGCUUCACGUUCGGGUGAUUCUUAGCUAGUAAUGUAGCAGAAAGAAGGAACCGUUUGCGAUUGGGUGCGAGAGGAAAACAAAAUCAAUGAGUCUUUCCGCGAUAAGAAGAAAAAAAAUGUCCAGUCUUGAGAUUACAUUUGAGGAGUGAAGGCAAGCGUUUCAAACGGAGCAUACUCUUCGAUCUUUCCUUUCCUGUUCCACGCCUUUGUAUUCCAUUUUUUUUCUUUCCCGAAGCGUACUCGAGUUUGUAGAGGGGAUCGCCUUCGUCUCGUACGUACUGGCGAGACGGCCGCUUUUGGAAUGGCCGUCGUCUAGAGCCGCCGCAUAGCCAUAGACGUAGCAAGCUUCGCGGUACCGUAACUUGUUGCUUUGUUUGGAGACGUGAUUGCGCUCGCGAGAUACAUUGCGGAGAAAAACUACCCGCGACGUGCCACCAUCGGUAAACUGCCGGAUGUUCAUAAUGUGUCUGCGUUUUGUUAACUUUGCCAAAAGUGUUUGUUUUCUUUGGCUCGUACAGAAGGAAAAGUACCAGGAUGGACCUCAAAUACGUUGCAGGUCAGAGUCGAAGACUGAGACUGUCGUCGAGUAUUAUGGGAAUGUUGCUUGUCUGCCAUAUUUUGUGAGGAAGAAUGUUGUUGGUGCGUUUUAUUUAUUUGUGGCAGAUCCACGAAGCAUUCUUGCUUCGGGACGAUCCGAACAUAAGCGUGCGUGCUAGCCAACAGACCUUAUGUGAAAUUGCUCCGCGAUCCGACAACCAGUAAUGUGUAGGCUUCCACGGCGAAAACAUAGGAUUUGCUCCGCCGCUUCGAUAAGGUUGUCUCCAGGACGGUAGCGACGACGCUUGCCAAUACUAAAAUGGCAACGCUCUUACUGUUGUCAGAUUAUCGAGCAAUUUCGCGUAAGGUAUAUUGUGACUGUUUGAAUGCAGAUUCAUCAUUUUUUUGUUUUAAUACCGUGAAAGCUGUAACAACUGCACAUCAGAAAAUGCAAAAAAUCAACGAAACCUGUAUAGAAAAUAUCACUUUAUUGAUCCCCACUUGCGCGAAAGUAGACUGUUGCAGAGGAGUAUCGAACGGAACGACCGUCGAAUUUUCAACGCGCUUAAAUACGAAGGGACGGGACAUGGCAUACAUUUGUCUGUAUUGUGCCGUGCGCAUUUGGUUUCACAUUGAGAGAAGGAAAAUGCUAGCUGUUCACCAUGUAGUAUUUGCGUUUCAAUCACAAUCAUGUAGAAACACCGACUAGUGUUGACUGGAUGCCACAACCAUUUUCUCUCCAAGAGAUUAUGCUCAUGUCGGGCGUAAAAACCUUAGAUUAGGCUCGGAAGCGGAGACCAGUGGUGUGGAUAGAGUGGUCACAAUCUUUAAUCCACCCCUCUUCCUGUAUCUUUCAAAUUAACUUCUAAAUUGUCCGGGACAUGCAAACAGGCCUAGCAGCGAUUCGCUGUACGGACCUGCGAACCACCGAUCGGGAAUUUCCAACUACACCUCCGAUGGAGGCCAUUUGCUUCUGGUCCAUGCAGUUUGCUUCGAACAGAGAUCAAAUGCUAUUUUGCCACUGGAAUGUUCAGAUGCAGCAUGUGUAUUCUUGACACCCUUUCAGUCUACUUACCGGAAAUAAAGCAGUAGUGAAAGGCAA